UCUGAGGCCGCGAAAGGAACCGGACGUUUUAGCGAUCCGUCGACAAAACGAGUCUUCUUACUUAGCGCAGACGAUGUUUUUAUUUACAUCUGAAAACAUGUGGUGGUUCGUACUCGGAUGUGUGACUUUAUUGCAUUUCCAGAAUGCAAAAGCACAAGGUGUCUAUGAAUUUCCUGGAAGAUUCAGCGUGAACCGGUCAUACGCAGUGUAUCCAAACAAUCCUACUUAUGAAAGAGUCUAUUCCAGUAAUACUGGUAAUGGAAGAAUCUAUCAAAGUGGGAGUGGCAUAACUAGAGUAGUCUACCCAAGCUAUAGAGGUACAGGAUGGGUCUACCAAGACAGUGUUUCUUCUGGAGGAGUCUAUCCAAACUAUGGUAUCAGAAGAAUAAUGUAUCCGACGAAUGGUGUAGCAUAUUCAAAUAAUGCUGCCAACAGACCAGCUUACCCAAUCAAUGGUGCUGCCAAUAUACCAUAUCAAAGCAAUAGCCGUGUUGGAAUUGUGAAUCCGAAUGUUGCCAGUGGAACUACUUAUUCAAAUAGUGGCGUUGUAAGUACACCAUAUCAAAGCAACAGAGGUACUGGAAUAGUUUAUCCAAACAAUGGUGCUGUUGGUACAUCAUAUCAAACCCCAAACAGUAUUGGAGAUAGAAAUCCGAAUAAUGUUGCUGGAUCAAUCAACCCGAACACAAAUUCUGUAGGCGGAACAUAUCCUAAUUCAAAUAGUGGUGGAUCAGUAAGACCAAAUACUAAUACUGUAAGAGGAACCAAUCCAGAUUCUAGUGGAACCAGAAUUUUUACACCUUCAUCAUCACAGCAGCAAAAAGUUCAUCUGGAUGUCUAUUAUGAGACAAAUUGUCCAGACAGCAAGCGAUUUAUAACAGAUCAGCUGACUCCAGUUUACAGAGAUUUCAAAGAUAUUCUCGAAAUUCGUUUGGUACCUUUUGGGAAAGCUCAGGCCUUUUAUGAUGCUAACUCCAAACAAUAUCAAUUCCGAUGUCAUCAUGGUCCGGCUGAAUGCUAUGGAAAUACAGUACAGGGCUGUUCUAUGUCUUUUUAUCCCGAUAUUGAAACACAUCUAAAUUUCAUCGACUGCAUGGAGGCAUAUCCACGACCAUCAGACAGUGGACAAAAAUGCGCUCGAAGGCAAAGUCUGGAUUGGAAGUCUCUCUCUAAAUGUGUAGAUGGUGAAGAAGGCAAACGAAUUCUCUAUAGGAAUGGAGAAUUAACGAAAGCAUUGCAACCACCUGUGACCUUUGUCCCUUGGAUUAAUAUUAAUAGGGUACAUACAAAUGAAAUCCAGAGACGCUCAUUACAAGAUUUGAAAUCUGUUGUGUGUGAAGCUUAUAAAGCCACACAUCCCAAGUGCUAAACAAGAGAACUUGACAGGAUAAGAAAUAUUCUGCCAAAAUUUUUGUUUAUUUAUAAUUUUUUAAUGUGUAUUGUCAAGUACAAUUUUUUUUGUAAUAAAAAUUUUAAAUAACAUA